AUGGACUCAACAGACGACUUCAUCCCCACUGACGACGUCGGCCUCCAACUCGACGCCGAAAUAUCGACCCUUCAAUCUCAAAUAUCCGUCCUCAAAACCCAACGUUCUAUCCAAACAUCAACAAUCCUCACAUCGCGCUCCGCCCGCGCAACCCUCGUCCGCCUCCGCUCCUCCCAGAAACCCAAAUCCCAACCUACCUCAAGUUCCACAUCCACCCUCCCAAGCGACACAGACCCGCUCCUCACCACCACCAAAACGCACCUCCAGCACAAACAAGAAAACCUCUACCGAAUAUGCGGAACCAUCACCACAUUUCGAAUCCGCGAUCCAGAUCCCUACGCCGUCGACAGCGGAAACGUGUUAGGGAUCCGUAUCGACGUGUCCAGUAACGGGAAGUUUAUAAGGCCUUAUUACGUUAUGCUGAACAAGCCUUUUGCCGGUUCAGAAUUGUUAAAGGUUCAUAGGCAUACAGUUCCGCCUUGUAUCCCCCUCGCUGUCCUUGCGGAAAACUAUUUGCCGACUGGAAAAGGAGCCACGAGUAUAUCUAGCAAUGGGGGGGAGAAAGCGCCUGGUACGAAGACGCAGGAUUUACGAAGGUUCGUCAGGGCGUUGAGGAAAGAGGUCGUGGGGUAUCAUAACCGUAUCUCUAUUAUCAAGGGUCUCAGGAGAGAGUUCAGACUCGACGAGAAAGAGAGUAAGAAAGGGAAGGGGCGGGAGAAGGUCAUCUCUGAUAUCAGUGCUGCGGAUGCGGAGGCGAGACAGGUUAGGAUUGAGUGGGUUGAUGGGAGGAUUGGAAGGUAUCUUGUUGAUGAGGGGGGAAGUGUGGUGAAGGCUGUUGUUAUGGGGGAGCAGGGGAGGGAUGGAGAGGUUGAGAGGGUGUUGGUUGGGGAAAUGGCAGGCGUUGGAGAGAGGUUAAGGGAGGUGAUUUAUUGA